CUGACUUUUUAUGUGAAAGCAUAAACAUCGUCGUCAUUUUUUACAAUUUGAAGAAAAAUAGAUGAACACAGUAAUGGUUUUGGUGUUAGAAUACAUUAGUUUUAGCUUUAGCUUGAGCUGGCAAUGUCACAUAGGAUCCACGAGAUAUAUAUCCCUAACAUAUCUAAAAAAAUAAUGAUUGAAUGUUACUCAGUGUUAUUGAAGAACAGAUUCAGUGACAUAAAGGCAGACACACACACAUUUGGGAUCUAACAAAUUGAGCAGCAGCAAUGAUUAUUUUCAUUAUUGAUUCAUUUCCUGAUCAUUAUCUCGAUUAAUCGUUUUCACUAUGAAAUAGUUGAGAAGAGUGAAUAGCUCCAAUCACAAAAUCCCAAAGCUGACGAUGUAAUCUUUGCAUUGCUUUGUUCAAAGAUAAAUACAUAAAAUAAUAACAAUAUAAUAAUAAAUCACACUGUCACAUUUAAGAGUCUGGCUCGAGGGCAUGUUGGGCAUUUUUUCUUUGAAAAUCAAAGUAUUGACAAACUGAGCCGGUUGCAACGUCAUUAACAACAAAUUCUUUUGAACGUUCAAUUCAUCAGGCAUGAUAGAUGUGCGACGGCGCCACCUACCGGCCAGUGUCGACCCCCUCAACUGCAGUCCUCCGGGCUGCAUGUGACACCAAUCGUCACACAUCCGUGUCACCGUCUCAUCACACACACACACACACACGAAGCAGAAGCGGCCAAGAAAACUUAAACUGUUAAACUGAGUCGAGUCAUUAAUAAAUCAAAAUUUGUUUGCGCAAAACAUCGAUCGAUUUUUGAGAUCUGAAUCUGACCCGUCUGACAAUCUUCUGAGAUUAUUGUUGUCGUUAUUAUUAUUAUUAUUUAUAAUUUGAAUAAAUGACAUCCUGUAAGGAUUGAACCAUUCGGUCACUACCCAUAGUGUGUGUGUGUGUGUGUGUGUGUGUGUGGUGGGGGGGGGGUUCCGUUAUUUUCCGGGUUGUACUCAUCGGCAGCGGUAGUUGCGCUGCCAGCUGACACUGAGGAGGGGAGGACAGACUCUCUCUCUCUCUCUCUCUCUCUCCCCCCCUCUCCCUCUCUCCCUCUCUCUCUCUCUCUCUCUCCCUCUCUCUGUCUGUGAGAGAGAGGCUACCGACUAGCGCACCAUCAUCACCACCACCACCAUCAUCAUCAUCCUCAUCAUCCUCAUCAUGGCGGACCAAGGCGAGUCUCCGGCGACCGACCACCACCCGCAGCCGCCAGCGCCGACGACCAGCUGGCCAAUCACCCGGGAGUCGUACGAGCUGCAGGAAGUCAUAGGCAGCGGGGCCACAGCUGUGGUGCAGGCAGCCCUCUGCACCCCCAGACAGGAGCGCGUGGCCAUAAAGAGAAUCAACCUGGAGAAAUGCCAGACAAGCAUGGAUGAGCUAUUGAAAGAAAUUCAAGCAAUGAGCCAGUGCAACCAUCCCAACGUUGUCACCUACUACACCUCCUUCGUCGUGAAGGAUGAACUGUGGUUAGUCAUGAAGCUUCUGAGCGGAGGCUCAAUGCUGGAUAUAAUUAAGCACACAAGCAAAGAAGAGGACAAAGGUCGAUCUCUAGACGAGCCUAUCAUUGCUUCCAUUUUAAAAGAAGUGCUGGAGGGUUUAGACUACCUGCACAGAAAUGGACAGAUUCACAGGGAUGUGAAAGCUGGGAACAUACUACUGGGAGAAGAUGGAUCUGUUCAGAUUGCAGAUUUUGGAGUAAGCGCAUUCCUAGCUACAGGGGGGGAUAUGACCAGAAACAAAGUACGAAAGACCUUUGUCGGCACACCGUGCUGGAUGGCACCGGAGGUGAUGGAACAGGUACGAGGCUAUGAUUUCAAAGCGGAUAUAUGGAGUUUUGGAAUUACAGCCAUAGAGUUGGCCACAGGCUCAGCGCCCUAUCACCGCUACCCUCCCAUGAAGGUUUUAAUGCUCACCCUCCAGAACGAUCCACCCACUCUAGAGACGGGCAUCGAGGACAAGGAAAUGCUAAAAAAAUAUGGCAAAUCGUUUAGAAAGCUAAUAACUAUGUGCCUUCAGAAGGAUCCUGCCAAAAGGCCUACAGCUGCAGAGCUUUUGAAGUGUAAAUUCUUCCAGAAGGCCAAGACUAAAGAGUAUCUGGUCGAAAAGCUUUUGUGUUGUGCACCAAAGAUUUCCCAGAGAGCGAAGAAGGUGAGGAGAGUCCCAGGCUCCAGCGGUCACCUGCACAAGACGGAGGACGGAGACUGGGAGUGGAGCGACGACGAGCUGGACGAGGGCAGUGAGGAGGGGAAGGCAGCGGUGACUCAGGGCAGGUCACGAAGGGUCAAAGAUGAGGCCAAAGAUAAUGAGGAGGAUACCGACAAUGUUCCCAUUGAAGGGUUGUCUAUUCAGCAUCCCCAGGUUGAACCAUAUGAGAAUACUCCAUACAUUCAAGGUGCUGUGAACAUGGUACUACGGCUAAGGAACUCCAGAAAGGAGCUGAAUGACAUCCGCUUUGAAUUCACCCCCGGGCGAGACACUGCUGAUGGUGUUUCCCAGGAACUGUUCUCGGCUGGUCUGGUCAACGGGCUUGAUGUGGUUAUUGUUGCUGCCAACCUUCAGAAGAUUGUAGAUGAUCCAACUACUUACAAAGUGUUGACCUUUAAGCUGGCGUCCUGUUGUGACGACACGGAGAUCCCGGACGAGGUGAAGCUGAUCGGCUUUGCACAGCUGAGUGUCAGCUGAUGCUCUCUUUGUGCCUGAAGCAGGUGAGACAGUUUAGGGGAGACGGACUGACGAACACGCCACCACUGCAACAUCCUCCCAAACACCCUCCCUAAAACAACAACACUUCUUCCUUCUGCCUCACUCCUUUGACCUUCCCCUAGGCUCUGCCCCCCGUCCCCCCUCGCCCACUAAGCACAGACUUCCCUGCUCACUAGCCCCCGACCUUUGACCUUAACAACAUUCCACCGCCCAACGCACAGAGCGGGAUCCGGAUACAGCCCAGGAACGUAAAGAUGUACUCAGGUGGUGAAAGAAGAUGAUUGCGAUGUAGCUUUGAAUGUUAUAUUUAUUUAUUUUUCUUUGCUCAUUUCCGUUUUACAUCUCAUUACCUCUGUGUUCCGCAAGGCUCUCAAUAUUUAUUGAAAUUAGAAAUAUAUUGUUUUCAAUCCUAUUUCUCUCAUGCUGUUUUGUUGCCACGGUGAAAACAAAUUUGCAUUAACUCGCAUCUCGCAGACCCACUCAUUUCUGAUGUUUGUCCGAGGUCUGUGACAGAAUGUAAGAAUUUCGUUAAUUUGAGGGGACAAGCACAUUUUCAUAUUAACAUAAUGAAUGUCUAAAAAGAAAAUGAAUUGUAUUUCUUCGUCAAGACCUGUUUUACAUUGACAAGAAGGGAACCAUUUGCUUGAGUGUGCAGGAAAAGAAAAAAAGAAAAAAAAGGAGACCUGGAUGUUACUGUGUAUAAUUUGCUGCUCUUGACAGUGUUAAUGCUUCAAAAUGCUAGAGGUGCCUUGUUCAUUUUUCUGUGCCUAAGGAAGUAGUCAGUGAGUGAGUCCACACAAAGACCAGAACCGGCUGAUUUCCAUUUCACAAAUGUAUUUCUCCAGCAAUGACACAGUUGACAUGAAGUGUCUUCACGUGACACGAGCUACAAUGCACUUUUGGGCUGAGUGUGUGCCCCCCGACAGGCCGAUGCUUCGCCCCUGGAGACAAGUUAACUUGUGUGCUCUCAUCACCGGACACAUGAGAUGCGACAGAACCUGUGCCCAUGUAAUCCGCUCUGGUUCCUGUGUUUUUAGAUGCCAGGCAUAAGACAAAAUCACACCAGGCCAAUCUUCUCACUCUGUCCUGCUGCACUACAAAACUUUCUUUUUUUUGUUCCCAAAAUGAUAUAGUAGUCACUAAAAUGUACUGUACGACAAUGCAUCUGAGGAUGAAACCAAAAGGCAUCUAUCAAGAGGGUGACGAGCCAUUUGUUUGUUCAAACAAGUCCUGUAGCUCGAAAUUAUUUUUAAGUAUUGAGGUGGUAAAUAUUAACUUGUACUAAAUUCUUUAUUUUAUGAAGUAAUUUAUUGUGUUUUCUAUGUACAGUAUGUGUACCAUUUCAGCAUAUUAGCCCUGUUCCCUCAAUGUAAUCUGCUGAUGUCAAAUUUCUGACGAGGAGCAACAAAAUAAAAUAUUGCCAUUAUUUAA